AUGAUGCAGACUGCGCUGCUUCUGGUGUGCCUCCUGGGUGCCCAGGGCCAUGGCACCAUGGAGGAGCCCCCGGCACGCAACGUCAAGGCGGAGGACAAGAACCAAUGGUGUCCGCACUGUGGCAACGGCGCUGGCAUUUGCGGCGACGGGGGCCAGUGGCGAAGCGACAGUAACUAUGUUGAUGCCGGCUCUGAUCCUGUGAGGAAGUGGACAGCUGGGACCAUUGAGGAGGUCACAGUUCGCAUCACAGCCCACCACAUGGGUCACUUUGAGUUCAGUAUUUGCAACCAGGAGAUCACUUCAAGCCUGGCCAAUGCGCAGGGCUGUCUGGAUUCUUUCAUCCUGGAGCGUGCGAGCAAAGAGGAGCUGGGCCUCACUUGCGUUCCAAACGACAAGCGCCCGGGCUGCCAGCCGCUGGACACGCGCCACCCGGAGCGCUUCUACCUGCCGCCAGGCGGCUUUAGCCCCGAUGGCAGCAACGUGCACAAAAUCAGCCUCAAGGUGCCUGCCAACUUGCAGUGCCAGCACUGCACCUUGCAGUGGAGGUGGUGGAGCGCGAAUAGCUGCACGCCGGGCGAGGACUACGGAUGCUAUGCAGAGGUCCUGAGCCAGAACGGCUACACGCCUUCCGACUGGUUCAAAGCCAGCGGCUGUCCUUCCACAGGGGAGUACGCAGGCUGCACUCGCUGUGGCUGUGGCGAGGAGUUCAGGAACUGCGCUGACAUUGAGGUUGUGUCUGGCAGCGGCACUACUGGUGCCAGCACGACUACGACCACCGCAGGCACCACGCAGGGAACAACUGCUUCUACCACCACCACUGCCGCCAGCACAGGCACCACAACCAGGGCUCCCAGCGCUCAAUGCGUCUCCCACGAGACCUUGAUGUGCAUCAACGGCAAGUCGAGCUACUGGCCCAAGUGCGACCCCAGCCAGGCCAAGAACAAUGCUGGACCUGCUGGCUACGAGUUUGGCCACUAUUGCACGAAGGAGUGGGCAGAUGCCCUGAAUGACAUGCUGUCGGACCCGGCCGUCAACAAGUGCAAUGAUGCCGAUGCCAUCCAUAAGCUGCUGGCUCAGGUGGCUUACGAAACUGGCUUCUACUCUACCUUGUUCCAGCCUGCUGAUGGAGGUGCUGGUUUGAUCCACAUGAUCCCGGGAAACUGGCCGACCAAUGCAGCUGACAUGGACCAGCUCUUCCCGGGCCAGAACUACGCCAGCAUCUCCAGUGCGAUGGGCAAGGACUUCUUUCAGACCGCCGCCUACGGCUGGAAGUCUGCAGCUGCCUGGUACAAGCUCACAAACCGCGUCAUCCCCGGGUGUGGCGAGGACCUGUUCGACAAGUCUUUCGAUCGGCAGACCCAAUGCAUCCUUUCCCGUGUGGUCGACCGCUCAGAAGCUUACAACCUGGUGGGAUCGUGCCUCGCUGGCACGAGUUCAACGACAUCAACAACUACUCUGGCUACAACGCAGAUGACAACAACGGUGGCUACAACGACCACAGCCGCGCCAACAACAACCACUGCGCAGGCCACAACUACGGCAUCAGGCUGCCGCGCCACUGCAGCCUCCCUUUCCUUCGGCGGCAGUGAUGCCCGGUGUGUCUCCGCCUGUGCGCUUCUGCCUGUGGGCGCCUGGCCGUGCGCUGGCCAGCUCUGCGACUGCCAGGCGACUUCCACUAUGCCAAGCACAACCCAAGCCACCACCACGACCACCUCGACCACGACCACCUCAGUUUCUGGAUCCUUGACCUGCGUGCCGACUGAGGGGCUGCCGCCCAACGGCGCCACAGCGGCGAACUGCCAACGGUGCGCGGAGGGCUACAAAUGGUGGCCCUGCAACACGGAUCCAGCCAUUUGCAACUCGUUGGCAGACAGCUUAUGGGGCGGUUGGCUGCACUUAAGAGUGAUCAGCUUCAAGCGAGAGACGCCGGACUUGGCAUUGGAGCCUCCCACAUUAAAGGCGCUGCUUCUGGUGUGCCUCCUGGGUGCCCAGGGCCAUGGCACCAUGGAGGAGCCCCCGGCACGCAACGUCAAGGCGGAGGACAAGAACCAAUGGUGUCCGCACUGUGGCAACGGCGCUGGCAUUUGCGGCGACGGGGGCCAGUGGCGAAGCGACAGUAACUAUGUUGAUGCCGGCUCUGAUCCUGUGAGGAAGUGGACAGCUGGGACCAUUGAGGAGGUCACAGUUCGCAUCACAGCCCACCACAUGGGUCACUUUGAGUUCAGUAUUUGCAACCAGGAGAUCACUUCAAGCCUGGCCAAUGCGCAGGGCUGUCUGGAUUCUUUCAUCCUGGAGCGUGCGAGCAAAGAGGAGCUGGGCCUCACUUGCGUUCCAAACGACAAGCGCCCGGGCUGCCAACCGCUGGACACGCGCCACCCGGAGCGCUUCUACCUGCCGCCAGGCGGCUUUAGCCCCGAUGGCAGCAACGUGCACAAAAUCAGCCUCAAGGUGCCUGCCAACUUGCAGUGCCAGCACUGCACCUUGCAGUGGAGGUGGUGGAGCGCGAAUAGCUGCACGCCGGGCGAGGACUACGGAUGCUAUGCAGAGGUCCUGAGCCAGAACGGCUACACGCCUUCCGACUGGUUCAAAGCCAGCGGCUGUCCUUCCACAGGGGAGUACGCAGGCUGCACUCGCUGUGGCUGUGGCGAGGAGUUCAGGAACUGCGCUGACAUUGAGGUUGUGUCUGGCAGCGGCACUACUGGUGCCAGCACGACUACGACCACCGCAGGCACCACGCAGGGAACAACUGCUUCUACCACCACCACUGCCGCCAGCACAGGCACCACAACCAGGGCUCCCAGCGCUCAAUGCGUCUCCCACGAGACCUUGAUGUGCAUCAACGGCAAGUCGAGCUACUGGCCCAAGUGCGACCCCAGCCAGGCCAAGAACAAUGCUGGACCUGCUGGCUACGAGUUUGGCCACUAUUGCACGAAGGAGUGGGCGGAUGCCCUGAAUGACAUGCUGUCGGACCCGGCCGUCAACAAGUGCAAUGAUGCCGAUGCCAUCCAUAAGCUGCUGGCUCAGGUGGCUUACGAAACUGGCUUCUACUCUACCUUGUUCCAGCCUGCUGAUGGAGGUGCUGGUUUGAUCCACAUGAUCCCGGGAAACUGGCCGACCAAUGCAGCUGACAUGGACCAGCUCUUCCCGGGCCAGAACUACGCCAGCAUCUCCAGUGCGAUGGGCAAGGACUUCUUUCAGACCGCCGCCUACGGCUGGAAGUCUGCAGCUGCCUGGUACAAGCUCACAAACCGCGUCAUCCCCGGGUGUGGCGAGGACCUGUUCGACAAGUCUUUCGAUCGGCAGACCCAAUGCAUCCUUUCGCGUGUGGUCGACCGCUCAGAAGCUUACAACCUGGUGGGAUCGUGCCUCGCUGGCACGAGUUCAACAACAUCAACAACUACUCCGGCUACAACGCAGAUGACAACAACGGUGGCUACAACGACCACAGCCGCGCCAACAACAACCACUGCGCAGGCCACAACUACGGCAUCAGGCUGCCGCGCCACUGCAGCCUCCCUUUCCUUCGGCGGCAGUGAUGCCCGGUGUGUCUCCGCCUGUGCGCUUCUGCCUGUGGGCGCCUGGCCGUGCGCUGGCCAGCUCUGCGACUGCCAGGCGACUUCCACUACGCCAAGCACUACCCAAGCCACCACCGCGACCACCUCGACCACGACCACCUCAGUCUCUGGAUCCUUGACCUGCGUGCCGACUGAGGGGCUGCCGCCCAACGGCGCCACAGCGGCGAACUGCCAACGGUGCGCGGAGGGCUACAAAUGGUGGCCCUGCAACACGGAUCCAGCCAUUUGCACCUGCUCGACGGUCGCUUAG